AUAUAAGUUUUCUACAGAAGCGGAUAUAGAUCUAGAUUUAGAUUCAAAGAGUGUAGAAACUUUCAAAUAGGAUAGUCUUUGAUCUAGAUCUCAACUCAUGUUUUUAAUAGUUACGAAGUAGCCUUUUUUUUUUUUUAGAAAUGGAACAUUCUGGUUAUUUUCUGUAUUUAUAAGACAUUCUACAGAUUUACAAACAGAGGCAGUAGAUCAAUAGCGGAAUGAAACAAAUAGAUCUACAAUGGCUCUCACUUCUCUAUGUAGUUCUUGUCAAAGUGUCACAAGUCAAAGGUGUGGGUGAUACAUUUGGAUCACAGUUCCUGUUAUAUUUGCCAAUGUAUUACGACUUGACAGUCAGGUAUGACCUGUCUCUGUAUACACUACAGCAAAACAACUUAAAGGUUUACCUUACAAGUCAUCAUAGUGUACAAAACCUGUCUACUGUUCUUUACGUUGCUAGGGUACGCCCUGUGUUGUUUAGUAUCACACCUGACCUAGCUGAAACGAAAAAUCAACCACGAAUAAAUACUUACCUAUUGAAGAGCUCUCGUGGUCAAUUUAGCCUCAUGGUCUAUGUCUAUUUUGUGGAUGUGAGCUUCGAGUCAAUGACAGCCAUUCCUGUCCAUAUUUGGGAGAAACGAUACAGCUUCAACACCGUUGAAAUGAAUCCAUUCGUCUAUGUUGUAACUGAGAAAGCCACCGAAUUAAGGGUAACGCUAUAUGGGGAAAAUGUUACGAAGUACUUUGGUCAGCUCAAAGAAACUGGUCUCCAAAACUAUAGCUUUUCGGUUUACCUGGAAGAGAAUGGAGGCCGAGAACUCUUUCAGAUGAGUAAAUAUGAUAUCUUUUGCUGUAAUAGACUAGCGCUUUGGAUAGAAAGCAUGAUAUCACCGAUUGGAGUUAUUGUCGGAUCAAUCAUUGAUGACCCAAACAAACGAAAUCAAUUUAAAGCUAAAGGAGGGUUUACGUUGGAAAUGUUGCUGCCAAUUACACAUAGAGAGUCUGGAUAUUUCAUGCCAGAUUUAGUUAAUGGGUUUUGCAGCAGAUGUACCAUGAAUUAUGCCUCAGAUGAUAUGGUGGUCUUCCACUCGACAUUCCGAAAUGUAGCCGAGGCUUGGCAAUUUGAUCCCGGUGACAGACAUAUGACAAGAGUGAUAAUGCUGAUAGAAGAGCUAUUUAAACUUCCGACGCAGGUCACUUAUACCAUAUACCAAAACGUGCGGAUCAGUGACAAAACAGAAAGCUACACUGUAGAGGUAGCAGCCGUGUCUCUGACCAUACCGUCUACGUUGUAUGCCACAUUUUAUUUCUGGUGCACUGUCGAUAUAAAAGACAUACCGAUGACCCAUUAUGCUGUGUUCAUUUUUGUAGGGGAAGAAGAUUUCAAGGAGGGAAUCGAAUUAGAUGGGCUCGAUAUUCCAGGAAUCUUACCUCUACGCGUACAACAGUUUAGACCCUUACAACUAACUAACGGCAGUGUCAAAAGCCUAAGUGGUAAAAUAAUAAUCCCCAUAGGCGAUCAUAAUUGCUAUUUAAGAAAGUAUAUGCCUUUCGGCCUUUACCUGUACGGUAUUGCUAGUGAUUAUCUGUACAUGCAUCCAGCAGGAUUUAUCACCGAUAUCUCUCGAUCUAAGGUUCAAUUAUUAUAUAGUCGUCUAAGGACGCGAACAUACGGUAACCCUAACCUUGAAGCUGAUCGUAAAGAAAACGAGGAGAACCUAAGAUUUUAUCCGCCUCAGCCUGUCUCCUGGGGAGAAUGGUACACCUGGACAUGCUCUAAUUGUGAAACUAAUCAAUCAUUGCUAUAUAGAAAAUGUAGAAAAGCUCCAAGGGGACUUAUCUACUAUGAGAACUACAAUUGCGACCAAGAGAGCGAAGAAGAUAGAAAUGAGUUUUGUUCGGAUAUGUGUCCAAAAAAUGAAACAGCAGCAUGGAGUCAAUGGUCUGAAUGGGAAUGCAGCCCGAACUGCACAGAUACCAGAAUGAUAAGAGAAAGACACUGUGAAUUCAAUAACAGUAAAGACGAGAUCAUUGUAUGUGAUGGUCCAUCGAAUGAACACAAAGAUGGAGAUUGUAAAUCAAAUUGUCCGGAAGAGAAUGUUUCAGAUUGCCCUUUAGGUAAAUGGGGGAAAAAUUGUUCCCAGCUGUGUCAGUUCUGUGACCAAGGCUGUAGCAGAAUCAACGGAACAUGUCAAAGUUGUUUACCUGGCUAUCGUUACCCACACCUGGGAUGUAAUGAAGUUUCAGAUUGCCCUUUAGGUAAAUGGGGGAAAAAUUGUUCCCAGCUGUGUCAGUUCUGUCACCAAGGCUGUAGCAGAAUCAACGGGACAUGUGAAAGCUGUUUACCUGGCUAUGGUUACCCACACCUGGGAUGUAAUGAAGUUUUAGAUUGCCCAUUAGGUAAAUGGGGGGCAAAUUGUUCCCAGCUGUGUGAGUUCUGUAAACAAAGCUGUAACAGAAUCAACGGGACAUGUGAAAGCUGUUUACCUGGCUAUCGUUACCCACACCUGGGAUGUAAUGAAGCCUGUGGUAAAUUUACUUAUGGUCAAUUUUGUGAAGAAGACUGUUUGACCAAAUGUGAUGGACAGGACUGUCUUGAUAGAAAUGAGGGUGCCUGUCCAGAUGUCCCAUACGGACUGCCCUCGCGUUUUUGGUUACUGUUGCUACUGAUACCUGUAUCGCUACUUAUAUAUCUCAGAUUAUAUCAUCGGGGUUCAGACACAUUUGAAGCGUCGCUGACUUCAGGCAGUGUCCAGAACCUAGAUAAGGCUGAGAGCAAAUCCAGCAUUAUGUCCAGAAUUUCAGAGUGGUCGAAAACACUAUUCCGCGACAAAUCUACUGCCCCUGAAGACAAUUUGUUCAGAUAUGAUGAAAAAUAUGGAACGUAUGUUUGAUAUCUGGAUGAUGUAUAUUACACAGUAUAUACCACUAAAAAUUUGAAAAAAAAAAAUAGGUUGUGAUUUUUUAGAUACAUGAUAAUAUGCCCUGCCAAUUUUCUUUUAAAUGUUAUAAGGAAUAUUGUGUUUUAUUACUGAGUAGGCCUUUAUGUUUGUUUUUACAUAAGCGCUUAAGAUAUUGGAACGUAACGAGGAGAGAUACUAUUUAUAACUCAUCUAAACACAAACAGUAUUCAUAUUUAAAAUAAUACACAGAACAGGGAGAGUAAAACGAUCGUACAGAUGUAACAAAUAUAUAAAAAAAAAUACAAUUAGAAUCUGUUAAAAAUAAAUAAAUAUAAAAAGUCACAAAGAUUAAAGAAAUGAUCAAUUUGGGGGUUCUGGUGUGCACUUUCUAAAAAUCUACGGUUUACCAACAUUGUCAUGUUUUGAAAAUAUAUGUCUCAGCUUGACGUGUUGAGAAAAUGGUGGUUCAUUCACAUCUACCUUCACCUCCUUGUUCUGUUUGACUGUUCUGGCACAUCACAUGAUCGUCUUACUCCAUUCCUCUCUUAUUCGCCUUGACUAGAGUUUCCUUCAAUGAUAGGCCCGUAAUCUUUGGUGUCUUCCCAUCUUCACAUAGGCUAGUUUACAAAGUAUUAUAUAAGUGGUGUAUUGUUGUUUACUUGUGUGGUUACAAAUAUUUAAAAACCUAUUUCUAUCCUUGAUUUUGUGUGUAGCAUUUUUUUUUUUUACUAAAGAAUAUUAAAACCAAUAUAUAUAUA